AUGAGUACCGCGUUAAUGUUAACAUUCCUUUUAGGAACGUUCAAUUUUAAUUUAGUGUGCACGUUGAAUAUCUUAGGGAUAUUUCCUUAUGAGGGAAAAAGUCAUUUCUUCGUGUUCAAACCGUAUUUAGAAGAAUUGACGAAGAGAGGUCACAACGUGACUGUUAUUUCCUACUUUCCUCAAAGCGAUCCUGUGGAAAAUUACAAUGAUAUAAGUCUAGCUGGCAAAGCGAAAGUGUUGGAAGAAGCAUUCCCAUUGUCUAGAUCUUAUUCGAUGUUCAUACAUAUUUCACUGUUCCUGUUCAAUUAUGGCUCGGCUAACUGCCGAAUACUUCUAGCGGAUGAACAAGUGCAGAAUUUGUGGAAGAACAAAUGGCAAUUCGACUUGAUUGUAGUGGAACAAUUCAAUAGUGACUGCUCUUUGGGACUGGCUCAUCAAUUGGGAGCACCGGUGGUCGGUAUAACAACGCACACGCUGAUGCCUUAUCACCAUGAUCGAUUCGGUAUACCAUACAACCCGUCGUAUAUGCACGUGCAGUUUUUCGAAGGAGGUACAAAACCUACUUUUUAUCAGAGGCUGGAAAGAACAGUAGUAUACUACUAUUUAAAGAUUUUAUACAGAUAUUUAUCACAGCGUACUGAUGAAAAUAUUUUGAGGCAAUACUUUGAUGAUGUGCCGCCUUUGGAAGAAUUGGCAGGUAAAAUUAAGUUUAUACUCCUGUAUCAACAUCACACCAUGACUGGAUCACUUUUGUACCCACCUAAUGUAAUAGAAGUGGGGGGAUAUCACGUUGCAAAACCGAAACCAAUUCCUGAACCACUUAAGAAAUUUAUCGAAGAAUCAGAACAUGGAGUCUUAUACAUUAGCUUCGGAUCCAUGCUCAAGGCAGCAUCGACACCCAAAGACAAACUGAAAGUAAUAAUAAGUGCUUUAUCUGAACUACCACAAAGAGUAGUAUGGAAAUGGGAGGAGAAAACUUUACCUGGCAACCCUAAAAAUAUCUACCUGUCAAAUUGGCUACCCCAAAACGAUAUAUUAGCUCAUCCGAAAGUGAUGGGUUUCUUCUCGCACGCCGGCAUGCUUGGUACUACAGAAGCAUUUUAUCACGGGAAACCUGUCAUCGCUAUGCCUAUAUUCGGAGACCAACCGUCUAACGCAGCAGCCAUAGAAGAAUGUGGUCUUGGAGUAAUGAUUCAGUUUUCAGAACUGACUAAAGAAACUCUAUUGGAAAAGUUAAAGACCAUAUUAGAUCCAAAGUUUCAAGCUCAAGCAAAACGAGUUUCUAAACUAUGGCACGAUCGUCCCAUGAGCCCCAUGGACAGCGCCAUCUAUUGGACUGAAUAUGCCGCAAGAAAUAGAAACUUUACCUUCCGAUCGGCGGCAGCAAACGUGCCCACUGUUCAAUAUCUAUGCUUAGAUGUUAUAUUAUUCUUGUUGGGUGUUAUCCUUGUCAUAGCAUACACUUUUAAGUAUGUAAUUUCCUUAAUAUGCUGUAAGAGAAAACAAGCUCAGAUAAAAUCUAAAAAACAAUAAUGUAUUUUGUUGUAAAUAUUUUAUA